GCACUUUUGCUCGGAUGCUGCUGGCGGGACUGGGUGGCGAGUGAGACGAUUGUUACCUGAGCUGGGCAACCGUCGUGCGCCAGCGUGCUCCCAAAGCCCUCUAGGCAGCAGACGACGAAAAACGGGCGGCUGCCGUGCUCAUCAUUGCCAGCAGUAUCAUCACGAGCAUCAUCAUGUGGGACUGAUGGCGGCGGCGAUGGUGAGACGGUAUUAGAGGGAAGCCAGUGAGUUGUGUGUUCGGCUGCUGCAAGAGCGAUCAUGCCGCGCUAGCGUAGAGGAAGAUACAGCCAGAUUUUUUUGGCCGUCACAUACAACAACAGUUAUUGUCCGAUAGUCUUAUUUGUUCAGUGGAGCGAGCCGCGUUGACGAGUUACAUUCAUGUCCGCUGCUAAAGGUUCGGCCAGUACUCGACGAGAGUCAACAGAGAAGUAGGGAUCUGCCUUCUCACGCACAAAUUUUGGUCGUCCCCAUUUGAUACGUUUGUUCAUUAUUCAGAGAUUUACAAAUGGAUGUGAAUGUAUAAAUAGAACGAAAAAUAACAGAUACAUACAUCAUGUGCUUAUACAUAUCUUCUGCGCGUCGAACGGUGCGCCGUCGAUAGCGUUGCGUUUAUUCGAUAUCGUUCUCCGUGGAUUGUCGUUUGGUGUAGGUCGUUCGAUCGCGCCUAAAACAAGAAGGAACGGGAGCGAUUCGCGGAACUGUUCGAAGUGGCUCGAGAGGGGAUGGACUUGUUUGUCUGCCUUUACGGUUGUGGGCGCGAGCAACGGUACUGUGGCCAGGUCAUCACCGUCCGUUCGUUUGUUCGUUUCUUCGGCGACUUGUCGUAGUGUUUCUGCCAUAGUGAGCCAAUGGUAUUGUUUUUGUGCGAUCAUAUAAUUUCGUGUGCAGAUCGACCGAGUCGGAGCUACCGUGACAGUCUUACACACACAUACACAUGCAUGCAAACAGACAGAAGCGAUCGUAAUAGACACGACUAUUCAGCCUGUUACUGCCCUCUCAAUCUGAGUUUUCAAGAGCAAGCAAUCAAUUUGUACGAUUAGAAGGCGGAUAAGUUCUUGCAUACGGCUGGAAAAUUAACACGACAUAAAAAACCAUAACGGAACAACAGAAGGAAGUAAUAUAUGAUAUCAGGCAGGUGGCUUUGUGAGCAGUCAGAUUACGGGGUUGCUUGAUCCCGUUCGUCAGUAGUGGAGAGCUGCAAAACGACGAGUUGAAAAAGGCUCAGGGAUGCACUCGUAAAGAAACUACUCCGACCGCCAGGAGUUUCAAAAUGGCGAUCAGCUCUCCCGGAAGCCAAUUCUGCGCGAGAUAGCAACUCGCCAUUUCCUACAUAUUGUUAUUGUGACUGUUAUUCAAGUACCGGUGAACACUCUCCACCAAUCAGCUACGGCUAACCUAUCCAACUCCAUCCUUAUUGUGAGCGGGUGUGAGCGUGGUCCCGCAACGUGGCCGAUUCGUACCGUCCUGAGCUGUUCAGUCUGUUGUCACGUCAAUUGUGUAUUGUGUGAUUCUGUUCGUAUCCGCUAUAUUCCGUCACGGCGGCUUACAGCAACGUCAGUUGAUCAUCUCCGUAGGCCAACUGCAGCAGAAAUAGCAGUAGUGACUCUUUAUCAGGACCGGUAUAAUGGGGGGCCGAAAAUGUCGCUUGGCAUUCAUGUUUGCCCUCACGACAGCAUUCUUUCUUGUCGAAAUUACCGUUGGCUAUGUUACCAACUCGAUGGCAUUGGUAGCAGACAGCUUUCACAUGCUCAGCGAUGUCGUCUCACUCAUUGUUGCCUUUAUGUCAAUCAAAAUGUCACCCAAAAAGUGGUCAAAAAAUACAUUCGGUUGGGCACGAGCUGAGGUCCUCGGGGCUCUAGUCAAUGCGGUGUUUCUAGUGGCACUGUGUUUUUCAAUUUUCGUCGAAAGCCUGAAACGAUUCUACAAGCCGGAAACGAUAGAUGAGCCAAUGUUGAUUCUUUACGUUGGAGUGGCAGGUCUUGUAGUGAACAUCAUCGGACUUUUUCUCUUUCACGAGCAUGGCCACUCUCACAGUGGCCACGGUGGGCACAGUCACGCCCAUGGAGAUCACGCCGGUGGGCCAAAGGGAAGUCCGUCGUCGUCGAAUGGUGCCUCACCUCACGAUACUCCUCCACUUAAACAAAAACGGGCUAGUGGCCAUAUGUCACAUCAUAGGGAUCAUAUGAGCAUACCAUCGAUCGACGAUGGCCUCAAGCAGCAUCACAAUAAUAGACUUCAAUACGACGAUGACGAGGAUCGCAGUAGUGAGGACAGUGAGACUAAAGCUGUUAAGCAACUGAAACAUCCUGUAGCCGCGGGCUAUUUGAAUAUUCGUGGGGUAUAUCUGCAUAUCCUAGCGGACGCGCUCGGUUCCGUUGUCGUGAUUGUGUCGGCGCUUAUUAUUUGGCUCACCGAUUGGGAGUAUCGAUAUUUUGUAGAUCCGGCAUUGUCAUUGGUGAUGGUGUGUUUAAUAAUGAAAUCGACAAUGCCACUGCUUGUUGAUUCAGCGCUCAUCCUACUUCAGACGGUACCGACGCAUAUACAAAUUGAUUCAUUACAGAAAAAACUUCUGGCAGAAAUCGACGGUGUGUUAGCAGUACAUGAAUUUCACGUAUGGCAGCUUGCCGGCGAACGAAUCAUCGCGUCAGCACAUAUCCGCUGCAGAAGUCUUGCCGACUACAUGCGUAUCGCUGAAAAGGUUAAGGAGUUUUUCCACAAUGAGGGCAUUCAUUCAACAACGAUUCAGCCUGAAUUUGUUGGCGCCGGAGAGUUAUUUACAGACCCGAAAGACUGCUCACUGCAGUGCCCUCAAGAUGAGGUCAACAACUGCGUUCAACAACAAUGCUGUCUUGUUCCUUCACAACCGAACGCGCGAUCAUCCCCGUCGCUUCCUCAAGUCCGAAUUGUGCCCCGAGAAGAAGCAUCCACGCAGACGAACAUGUAACGCCUGCCGUGGAGUCGACGAUAGCAUCAGUUAUUCAGCAUAGGACCUAAUAAAUGCGAGGAUGAGACGAUGAAGGGAAUAGAAGAUAUUUGAGAGAAAUUUUCGACUGUAGCAGAGAAUCGCCCAGUAGGUGGAUUUUCUGUUCUAAUAGCUUCUGGAAACGUUCACUAACUGUGAUGGAAAACUAGUAAUUAUUGGAGCUGGCGAUAAAAAUAACGAAGAUGAUGCGACCAUGCAUCUUGAACGACGACCGAAAGCAACGUAGUGCAUAAGUGUAUAUAAGCCGCUGUAGCACCCAGCACGGGCACGAAACAACUUUUUUGGUGAGA